AUGUCUGAUUCAGAAAGUGUCGACUACCUGCAGUCGGAUUUUGAUCCAUGGACGCUGACCGUCCCGCGCCUGCGCUCCAUCCUGGUCACCCACAACGUUCCAUACCCUGCAACAGCAAAGAAACCGCAGCUCAUUGAGCUCUUCAACAAGCAUGUUGUGCCUCAGUCGCAGGCGAUCCUAGCUCGCCGUCUACGCGCCAAGCGCUCUAGCAUGGGCAUCAUCGACGCCGACUCGCAGGACACCGGCACCAGCACCGAUUUCGACCACGACCGCGACCUGCGCCCGCCGCCGUCCGUCUCGUCGAGGAGAUCGCGCUCUCCUAGGAAGAGCGCCCGCGUCAAGCGCGAGCCCGAGGAUUCAGACCGCGACCAUCACCUGCCGCCUGCCACGCCUUCGUUCCGCGAAAGCCCGCGGAAGAGGUCGUCGCGCUCGGCUAGCAUCCAGCCCGCGUCCACGUACGAUAGCGACGUGUCCGUGCCGGAUACGGAACCCGCUCGUUCUGUCCGUGGUCAUCGUUUGACGACCCCGGUUCCGAAACUGGAGCCGCCGGAGGAGGAAGAUGAUAGCUUCUUCAAGCGGACGCCUGAGACUGAGGGUAUCUUUACCGAUGAUAAUCCUUUCCAGAGCGGCGCCAACACGCCUGCUUCAGCCUUCAAAACCCCGGCUAGCACUCGUCGCAAGACAACCAUGGGCGUGUUUGAGUCGGCGAGGAAGACGCCGUCCACGGUUACGAUGUCCUCGCGGCGUCGGACCGAGGACCCGAUCUAUACGGGGCAGGAGAUCGAGGAGCCGCCGUCGACGAUUAGCAGCGUCAACACGAGCCGUACUAUCGAAGUUCCGUUUAGCAGCCGGGCGUAUCGUUCCAAGACGCCCGAGACUGUCCAGUAUGAAGAGACCGAGCCAGAUGAGGAGUUCACUCCAGAAGAGCAGCUCGCCCUGAUGGAGGAGGAGCGCGCCAACCCCGAGCUGGCCGCUGCUCGGAGACCGCCAGAGCCGCCCAAGCGUCGUUCAAGUCUCUGGACCCCGAUCUGGGUUCUCUUCACCACUCUCCUGGUAGCCUACGCCGCCUGGUACAGACAAGAGAAGAUCGCCGUCGGGUACUGCGGUCUCGGCCGGGAGCCGACCGAGGUCCUGCCUUCCAGCCUUCCUAUCCCCGAGUGGGCGUCCGAGGUGGCCGCUAAGCUCGACAUCCAGACCAUCGAGGUUCCCGACUGGCUGCGCGCAGCUUUUAAGCCGCAGUGUGAGCCUUGCCCGCCGCAUGCUUACUGCUACGAGGACUUCACUGCUCGGUGCGAGUCGGACUACCUUCUGAAGCCGCACCCCCUGGCUCUGGGUGGUCUCAUCCCCCUGCCCCCGACGUGCGAACCCGACAGUGAUAAGCUGCGGCGCGUACAGGCCGUGGCGGACAAGGCCGUCGAGGAGUUGCGUGAGCGGAGGGCCAAGUUUGAGUGCGGCGAGUCACUCGAGCCGAAUGGCCCGCCUGUGGAUAGUCCUGCUAUAGAGGAGGAGGAGCUGAAGGCUAUUUUGAGCAAGAAGAGGAGCAAGCGCAUGGCCGCAGAGGAGUUUGAUGAGCUCUGGGUUGCGGCCAUCGGUGAGAUUAAGGCCCGCGAGGAGGUCGAAGUACAGCAGGUUGAGACGCCGACUGAAUUCAGAGCCGGACCCGGAACCGGAGGAUAUCCCCAUUCCUUUCCGACCCCCAAGUUAUCGUCCCACUCUCUCGCUCGCCUUCCGUACGCCUGUGCGAUCCGCCGCUCGGUCAAGCUCGGAGUGGCAAGACAUCGACUCAGCAUUGGAGGUGUGAUUUUUGCCGUCUUCAUGGUCCUGUAUGCCCGCCGUCGCUACCUGCGUAAUCGUGCCUGGGCCGCGCAGAUUCCCACCCUUGUGGACGAGGUUUUGGGACGCCUGGAGGCGCAGAAGGAGUUGGCUUUUGAGGCGGGCGGGGAUGAAGUCGAUGCGUUCCUUUUCCUUCCCAACUUGCGCGAUGACAUGUUGCGGAGUAUACACAACAUCAAGGAGCGCGAAGCAUUGUGGCAGCGUGUCAAGGUCGUGGUCGAGCAGAACAGUAAUGUGCGGACGGGUCAGCGGGAGGGCCGCAACGGUGAAGUGGGUAGGGCGUGGGAGUGGAUUGGUCCGACGAUGAGUCGGACUGGGGAUGGAAGUACGGCUAGAAGGAGAAAUACCAUGGGUAUGAGGGUCUCGUGGGGGGAAGAUGUGAAGGGGAGCGGGGAUGAGACACCUAAGGCUGGGGAUAGGACUUUUAGGAAGUGGGAGGAGGGAGGGACCGGGAGGGUGAUUUAUUAG